UAUUGAGUUUAUCCUAGUUGUUUGCGAUAUGAAUAAGUUCUAAAAUUUAACAUGCAUAAAUUUUCCAUAUGAAACAUAGUUUUUAUUUUUUGUUGUUGUGAAAUCCGCGUAGACCGUAUAUGUUAUUCGAUGAAAUGAUAACCCAAAUUAUAAUUAGUAUUAUUGUUGUUUCUAAUUUUUCGUCAAAAUAAUUUGGGAAUGUAGUUGAAGAAAUAAGUGGAAAACUAUUAUUAAUAAUCUAAAUGAAAUCUGAAAGGUGAUAUUUGAAGAAGAAUUUGAUGAAUACUUUGGCAGGUUAAAUUCAAAUAAAGUAUAUGAGUUGCGGAAAAAUAUCUAAUGUUAGAAAAACAAUGAAUGUCUGUGAUAAAAAUUGUGCUACUUUUUCUUUCGAUUUCAAUGAUUCUCAAUGGAGAUCUCUAAGAGCAUUGAUAAAAGGAGAAGUAGCAGUACAAAAUAAGGAAAACAGAAAUCCUAUUGUCUUCAAUCUCAAUAUAAUAGCACAUUUCGCUUCCAAGCGCGAAGAUUUUCUGAUGAUAAUAAAAGACAUGGAUGAUUCUGUAAAAAAAAUUGUAAUGAAAAACCAGACCGUCAAAUACCUAGUACAACCAGAAUUACGCAUUGAUAUAUUGAAAAAUUUGAGAAUGAAAGUGGUUAUCACUCCGUUUGAUGAAACGUUAGAAAGAGAACAUAAACUCUUGUUGAAAGUUUGUAGAGAAGAAAUUAUACCUCAACUGAAGAAAAUAUACAGCACAAUAAAUUUCAAAUUUGAAUCUAUCUUCAAUGCGGUUGAUAUCACAAGAUAUUCACCCCAUAAGAAUAUGGCUAGAAUAGUUUACUUGGUUUAUAAUAGAAGACAAAAAUCUGAUAUAUCACAAAAGGACAUGGAGGGAUUAUUUGAGAAAAUAAGAAAAAAGAAUCCUAAAAUUAACUUCAGUUACAUUUACAACAAUUUCGAACCUGAUAAAGAUUACAUGAUAUUAAACUUUGAACAAUCUAUGUCUAUAAAAGGUCACCAAAACCAUACCAUCACAACAGCGCGUUCUCCAGUUGUACAUAAAAAUGUAAGUACUGUUAAGACAGGACUCACAACUCAAAAAUUCAAAUCUGAAAAAACAACAACUGUUUCGAAAUCUUCUGAAAAAAUCAAAAAGACAACAAUAACAAAUUACCCCUCAAUUCCAAAGUUGCCUUCGACCGGUUAUCACAAAACUUCACAAGAAUCCACUGAAAAUAAAAAGAAGAACACUGAAAAUAUGAAAGAAAAUUUCCUUACAGAACUGGAAACAUCUUCCAGAAAAACGUCGAUAUCAGCAACAACAGAUGAUAUGAUUUCAACUGGAGGUCAUGCAUUAACAAAAUCUGUUUCAACAACACUUACUGAUGAAAUGGAUAAGACAACAACAGGAAUUUCUAACUUCACUAUGAACAAAGAAAAUAUUAUUGAUACUAUGAAUAAAAUUUUAUCCUCAAAUGGCUAUGGCCCCUAUAAAACUCAAUUUGCAAAGGCAACUACCACGGAAACCUCAGAAACUAUGUUUUCAAAAAAUUCAUCGAAUGCACAGCUGACUAUGUCAUUACCAACGGCAUUUGUAUCAUCAAUUGAUUCUAAAAAUGUAGAGGUAUCUCGUUCAUCUCUCCAUAAAAGUCUUACAUCUUUAAUGGGGAGAGCAUCUACAGAAGAAAUGCCUAUUUCAAAACAAAUGGUGGAAGAUAUGCUAAAUACUUCUUCAACACCUUCAAAUGAACUUCCAAAAACUUGGUUUCAAAUGAUCAAAGAUUUAUUCAAUUUAAAACAACAUUCCUUGCUUCAACGAUAGAAAAUCAUCAAGAAUUACUGAUCUAUAUGCAACAUUUAGAUUAUUAAAAUAAAAAUUUAUUGUAUUAACUGUAAGAAUGAACUUGAACCAAAGAUAUUUAAUUUUUACUAAAAAACUUAAGGAAGGUUUUUAUUUGUGGACAACACUGUAAAUUCUAUGAUUUUAUUUAUAUCUCAAUAAAAAAAUUGCUUCCAAUUAA